AUGGAUACUGUAAAUCAAACUCAUACUCCAGAUGUCUGGCUGUUUCGAGAAUAUGGAAUCCCUGCACUGGUAUUUUACAGCAUUGUCCUCCCAACUGGACUGUUUGUUAAUGUCACAGCACUAUGGGUCUUUAGUUGCACCACCAAAAAGAGAACAACUAUUACUGUGUACAUGAUGAACGUGGCACUGCUAGAUUUAAUGUUUUUACUUUUUGUUCCUUUCCGCAUAAUGUACUAUGCCAACCAAUCAUGGCCCUUUGGAGACAUAUUCUGUCGGAUUAUGGGAGCACUUACUGUAUUUUACCCAAGCGUGACAUUAUGGCUGCUUGCUUUCAUCAGUGCAGAUCGGUAUAUGGCCAUCGUGCAGCCCAAGCACAUCAAAGAACUGAAGAACAUCGCCAAAGCAAUGGCAGCAUGUUUUGGAAUUUGGAUAAUGACCAUAGUGACUACGACCCCUUUGCUUUUCGUGUACGAGGACCCCGACAAAGAGUUUAAUUUUACCACUUGCUUUAAAAUGUUUGAUCUCAUCCACUUUAAACGAAACAGCAUGCUGAACUUUGCUCGCUUAAUUUUCUUUUUCCUGAUCCCUCUGCUCAUCAUGAUAGGCUGCUACAGCAUCAUCAUCUACAGUCUAGUGAGUGGAAGAACUUCUCGGCUAAAGCCCAAAGUAAAAAGGAAGUCCAUACAGAUCAUUGUGACUCUAGUCGUGCAAGUUCUGGUCUGUUUUGUACCAUUUCAUGUGUGUUUUGUGUUGCUUAUGACCCAGGAAGGACUUAAGCACUACAUUUUAUGGGGACAGGUGUCUACCUUCCUGAUGAACCUGAGCACAUGUUUGGACUUAAUCUUGUAUUACAUUGUCUCAAAGCAGUUUCAGGCACGAGUUAUCAGUGUUAUCUGGUAUCGCAACUAUCUGCGCAGUGUACGUAGAAAAAGCAUGAGAACAGGAAGCAUUCGCUCCUUGAGCAACGUUAACAGUGAAAUGAUGUGA